UGGUCACAUACAGAAACUGCGUACACCAGUAGGAGUUCGGUAAUUUCAACGUAAUCAAAUAAAACAUUGCAAUAACAUUAAGACACCUUCAAGUUUCUUAAUAAUAAAUGUGAAAACGCCAACUCACUACUUUAAAAAAUGUUUUACAGUACAAUGCCUUUGGAGUAGUACACAGGCGAAGUAGACGACGACGAAGAAGAAAAGAAAACGAAGAAGACGGAGGAGGCGGAAGUUAGUUUGGACGCUUGGAAUGAUGUGAAAGAUGCUUUUGCCGAAGCAGCAUCCCACAAGGAGACGCUUUGUUGGGGACACCGAGUGAACCCAAGAGGCUCGCGGUGAUGAUGUCAACGUUGUUACUUUCCCAGCUCCUUCUGCUCAGCCUCAGGGCCGCUCCCAUGACUGCCAACCUUGGGGAACCCUGUCCAGAUUUUGCCCCCGUAGACCUUCUAUCCACUGCACUCGAGAAGGAUGCCUCUGGACCAAUUGCGGGGAUGCACGUGAGGUCAUCCGGAGGCGUACGCGGUGUUCAGUUCUCUGGGCCUUAUGCUCCCAUCAACCUGCCAUCUAACUGUGACAGUACCCCCAAAGACUUCUCUGUUGUGAUCACACUGAAAAUGACACGCAUAGCACGCAAGAAAAGUGAGUACAUCUUCUCAAUGAUGGAGCAGAAAAGAGCCGAGCAGGGAGCUGUGGAGGAGCAGGAGAAAGUAGAAAAGCAAGAUGGAAACAAUCUACAAAUAGACAGCAGAAGUAGAGUGCACAACAACGCAGAACAUCGUCAUCUUCUCCUGGGAUUGAGACUCUCCGGGAAGCGACUGCACGUGCUCUUUAGAGGACAGCGAGGCGCCACGGAGCAGCGGGUGUUCCAGGGCGCCCGACUCGCCGACAAUCGUUGGCACACCUUGGUUCUGUUCAUCAGCGGUCGUCACGCCAGGCUGACAGUGGAUUGUGGCUCGCCGUGGGAAAUGCCUUUCCCCUCGGACCUCAACUUUUAUGUGUCCAGAUUUCAUAUUGGCAGUAGAGGCAGAUGGAAAGGAUUGUUUACGGGCCUGUUGAGACAGUUGGUUCUGGUACCGGGAUCAGAUGCCACACAGAAAAUAUGCCCGUCAAACCACCCUCAACUUUCAGCUCUAUCAAUUCCGCCCUUGCUGCUGCUGUCUGCCACCGGAAGGAACACUGGAAGUCAUCUGACCCCUUAUGAAACCGAUGAAAGAGUGUUGGUGGGUUUAGAGCGGACAUGCUCUGAGUUGUUCCGAGGCCAGAUGUGGUUUAAUCCACUGAGGACUGCUCUCUACCUCUGUGACGGCACCUCGUGGAUUACAGUGCUGGAGGAUCGUAAACGACUGGACUAUGUUGAGGAACAGCAGGUUCUCAGCACCAGCUCGGAGACACAUGACAUAGAGAUCUUCCAGGUACAGGGUAUGGGUCUCAUGGCUGCCAUGGCUCACCGCUCCUCAACUUCUGGCUCUGCAGUGUACCAAUGGAGCCAACACAAUGGCUUUCAGCUGUACCAGAAUAUUAGCACCCAGAGAGCGCUGGCAUGGAAGCAUUUCAACAUGGGGAAGAAGACAUUUCUGGUGGUGUCCAACUCCGAUAUAGGCACUAAUGUUGGGAAGGAGUCCGACUACUCUGUCAUUUACAAAUGGAGUCGAAAAAGCAAACAGUUUGUGCAGUUUCAGACUUUGCAGACGCACUGUGCACGUGACUGGGAGGCCUUCAAAAUCCAUCGGCACACUUAUCUUGUAGUUGCCAAUCACAGGAUAGGUGAUAACAACCACACCAUAGACAGCGUAGUGUACAAAUGGAACAGACCAACAAAGUCCUUCGAGGUCCACCAGAAGCUGAGAACAUCAGGGGCUUACGACUGGGAGUUCUUUAAAGUGGGACCGUACCAUUUUCUGGUGGUGGCAAACGCCUUUGAUGGAAUAACGACGUCAGUUGAUUCUGUGAUCUACGUUUGGGUAGAUGGGAACUUUCGAGUCUUCCAAACCAUUAAGACUUUUUGCGCCACUGACUGGGAGAUGUUCCAGAUCGGCAGUCGGGUCUUUCUGGUGGUCGCCAACGGACACUGGCUCCACGGCAAUGGACCCGGACAAUAUGCCAUCAACUCCACAGUCUACGAACUCGACAUGACCGCGCGGUUGUUUGUUCGCUUCCAGGACAUUGUCACUUACAGCGCGGUGGACUGGGAGUUCUUCAGCCUCGGGGAGGACUAUUUCCUGGUUGUUGCCAACUCCUUCAAUGGCGAGUCAUACUCUCUCAACAGCGUUCUUUACAGGUGGCAAGGCUACGAGGGCUUCAUUCCCGUCCACUUCCUUCCGACCAUCGGUUGCAGCGACUGGGAGUUCUUCAGUGCCGGCCGUGACUCUUAUCUAAUUUACUCCAGUGCCAAAGUGCCUCUCGCCAAAGUGUUCAAGCUGAAAAUGUACUGAGGUCGUUCACCACCAUGAUUAUGUCUGUUGACGCGUUCCCUGUCUAUCUUCGGGGGUCUUUAACUGAAUGUCUCCAUCCCCGAUUUCAAGACACGCAGUGUGUCGGCAGAAUACACAUAAGAAUGACUGUAAAUUAUUUAACGGACAAUAAGCUACUCAUUUUUUAAACGAUCACCUCUGUUGACUUUGAUAUUUUGCACACUAUUAAAUGUCAUCUGUUCACAGAUGGAUUCACAAAUUUGCAGAAUUUUUUGAUAACGCUUUUCAGUCAAAUUUAGGUUUUUUUUUUUCCUCCCUUCAAUGGGCUUCAUUUGUACAAGGUUUUUCAUGAUUCACAGUUAUAGACAUCCCAAGUUCCAAAAACUCAUUUCAGGCAGAUGUGUAUCGACCCUAUCCACAACCCCGUCAACCCAAGGCAACAACUGACACCCACCACAUCUCAUACAGAGGGGCAA